AGGAGACCUUGGUCCACUGACUCUCCCUGUGAAGAAGAGAUGAACCAGACUCUUUUUGCCAGAGGAACAUUUUGACUUGUUGCAGCAGGAAAAUCACAGGUGGAACUAAUAACAUGAACAAUGGCUCCAUCCUAGCAGUUAAUGUGAUUACACACAGCUGCGCUGACAGGGCAGACGGUCUGUUGUGAGUAAGGAUGGUGCAGAGGGUGGUGGUGAUCGGUGCGGGUCCCUCAGGCCUGACCAGCAUCAAGGCCUGUUUGGAUGAAGGUCUGCAGCCAACCUGCUUUGAGAGCAGCCAUGACAUUGGGGGUCUCUGGAGAUUUAAGGAGAAGCCCGAGCCGGGACGAGCCAACAUCUAUCAGUCGGUGGUCAUCAACAGCUCCAAAGAGAUGAUGUCUUUCAGCGACUUCCCUCCUCCCGCUCAGCUCCCCAACAACAUGCACCACUCCCAGGUGCUGCUGUAUCUGCGCCUCUACGCUCAGGCCUUCAAACUGCUGCAGCACAUACACCUCCAGACUACUGUGCUGAGUGUGAAGCCGACCCCAGACUUUGCAGUGACAGGCCAGUGGGAGGUGGAGACAGAGAGGGGACAGGGUCAGAGGAAGACUCAUGUUUUCGAUGCAGUGAUGGUUUGUACUGGACACUUCACCCAGCCUCACCUGCCACUCACAGACUUCACAGGUAUUGAGAGCUUCGAAGGCAGAUGUUUCCACAGCUGGGAAUACCGCAGCGCUGAGGGGAUGCAGGGGAAAAGAGUGCUGGUGAUUGGGAUUGGAAACUCUGGAGGUGAUAUUGCUGUGGAUAUCAGCAGAGUUGCUGAGAAGGUGUACCUGAGCACCAGGAGUGGAGCGUGGGUAGUCAGCCGUGUGGGACAGGGGGGACUUCCAGCUGAUCUUGUCGGGACGUCUCGAUUGCAUGUGAUGAUGCAGAAGCUCGUCCCCUCCUGGUUCAACAGGAUGUUGGAGAAGAAGCUGAACGAAGCAUUUGACCACACAUUAUAUGGCCUGAAACCAAAACACAGAUUUUUUGCACAGAUUCCUGUUGUGAAUGAUGACCUGCCGGCUCGGAUCAUCUCAGGUCGUGUUCAGGUUAAACCAAAUGUGAAGGAGUUCUGUGGAUCCAGUGUGGUCUUUGUUGAUGAGAGCGUCAUAAACGAGGUGGAUGUGGUGGUGUUUGCCACAGGGUACAACUACAGCUUCCCCUUCCUGCCCUCAGCUCUGCAGGCUAAAUGUGGCUACAGGCUGCGUCUCUACAAACACGUGUUCCCCCCUGGACUCACCAGACCGACGCUGGUGGUGGUGGGCUUCAUCCACGGCUUAGGGGCGAUCAACCCGCUGGCUGAGAUGCAGGCCCGCUGGGCCACAAGAGUUUUUAAAGGUUUAUCAGCCCUCCCCUCAGAGGAGACCAUGGUGGAGGAAAUUCAGAAAGACACCACAGGGAUGCACCAGAGGUUUUCCUGCUCUGACCGUAACCCCCUCCAGGUGGACUACAUCCCUUACCUGGACUCCCUGGCAGAGCAGGUGGGGGCUCGGCCAAACAUACCGUGGCUCUUGAUGAAGGACCCCAGGCUGGCACUGCAGGUCUUGCUGGGUCCCUGUACUCCGUAUCAGUACCGUCUGGAGGGACCGGGCAGGUGGGCUGGAGCCCGUCAGGCCAUUCUCACUCAGUGGCAGCGGGUGGUUCAACCUUUCAGGACCAGAGUGGUACCACAACCAGAGACCAGACCUUCUUCCAGAUGGAGCAUCGUAGUGGUUUUCUCAGGAGUCACCCUGCUGUGCUGCAUCUGCUACAAUAAGCCCCUCUUCAGAUCUCCUCACUGAGCUGUGUGGUUAUGGACUUUACUGAAGCAGCAAACCAAUGAGCUGCAGACAGAACCUGCUUUUAGAAUAAGUUGACUGUUUGAAUGACUAAUAAAGUUUUUAAA